AUGUCUCCUUUGCUCUUUGGGGCUGGGCUGGUGGUUCUGAAUCUAGUGACCUCUGCUAGGAGCCAGAAGACAGAACUAAGUGGCUUUGGGGACCAGCCACUCUUCCAUGGAGCUGAUCGAUAUGACUUUGCCAUCAUGAUCCCUCCAGGAGGCAUGGAAUGCUUUUGGCAAUUUGCCCGCCAGACUGGAUACUUCUAUUUCAGUUACGAGAUUCAGCGGACACUGGGGAUGGCACGUAAUCGGCGUGUUGCUGCCACCGCACAUACCCCACAGGGUUUCCUCAUAGAUACCUCCCAAGAUGUUCGGGGCCAGAUUAACUUCUCUACCAAAGAGACAGGUUUUUACCAGCUUUGUCUAAAAAAUCAGCAAAAUCACUUUGGUACUGUGCAAGUAUACCUCAACUUUGGAGUCUUCUAUGAGGAGCCUGAGCUGGACCACAAACAGAAUGAGAGAAAACAGCUGAAUGAUACUCUGGAUGCAAUUGAGGAGAGUACGCGAAAGGUGCAGAACAAUAUUUUUCACGUAUGGCGAUACUACAACUUUGCCCGGAUGAGGAAAAGGGCCGACUUUUUCCUUCUUCAAUCAAACUAUAACUAUGUGAAAUGGUGGUCAACAGCCCAGAGUGUUGUUAUUGUUCUUUCUGGGAUCUUGCAGCUGUAUUUCUUGAAGCGUCUCUUCAAUGUUCCAACAACUACAGACACUAAGAAGCCAAGAUGCUAAGCCAGGAUGACUGUAGUUACACUGGCUCUUUCUGGGGCAGCGGCUUUGUCAAAGCUUUGGCCAAAUCAGCUUUGUAAAGUUAUUGGAAAAAAUCAAUUUCUGUUGUUAAUGUUUUGUCUAUUGCAUUCAUCAAC